AAUCGGCCUACUGACCUUGGCGGCUAAUUUUGUGUUUGCGUUGCUUAACAUGUCUUAUGAUAUCGAUGACUCUUUAUACAGCCGUCAAAGAUGCGUUCUAGGGGAAAAUGCAAUGAAAAGAAUGUGUAAAUCUAAAGUAUUUUUACAUGGCUUGGGAGGUGUUGGAAUAGAAAUAGCGAAAAAUCUAGUUCUGGCUGGAGUUGGCGAACUUAUAAUUCAGGACCGAUCUUUAUGUUCCAAACAGGAUUUAGGGACUCAAUUUUACGUGGAUGAAUAUAGUGUUAAAGGUUCGAAAACUAGAGCUGAAGCAAGUCUUGAUCGUCUAACGGCUUUAAAUCCCUAUGUUCGUAUUACUUUAGAAACGGGAGAUGUGACGGAUAUUCGUUGCCCUCUUUCUGAACCUGCUAAUAAGAAUAUCUUAAUGCCAUUAGUCGACGAAGGUUUAUCUACGAAAGUCGAUUGUUUGAUACUCACGCAAUGUUCACUUCAAAAAGCUACAUUGUUAGAUCUAUUCUGUAGAGCAUAUGAUAUUAAGUUCAUCUAUACAGAUAUAUAUGGUACAUUUGGAAAUUUAUUUUGUGAUUUUGGCUCUGAUUUUACUGUUUUAACACAAGAUGACGAACCAUGUAGAGAAUUUUUUAUUGGAAAAAUUGAAAAGAUAAACGAUGAGGAAUUAUUGAUUACAGUUCUUGGUGAUCGUCGUCAUCAUUUAGAAAAUAAUGAUGUAAUUCGAUUCACUGAACUUAAAAAUUUACCAGUGCUCAAUGAAAGAGAAUUUCCUAUCCGAGUAAAGUCACCUUCAGAGUUGAUUAUCAAAACGUCUAUAAAAGACACCCAGUUUCCUUAUUCAGAUGGUGGUAUUGUGCUUCAAGUUAAAAAGCCACAAGUAUAUACUUUUGAAACUAUGCUCGAACAACUUAAAUCUCCUAAAUUAAUGUGUGUGGAUUUCAGUGAACCUGAGGAAGGUAACUUGUUACAUUUAACAUACCUAACAUUGAUGAAGUUCAAUGUAGAAACUGGCCGUUAUCCCAAACCAUGGGAUGAAAAUGAUUGGAAUUUAUUUCGUGAUCAAUUGUUCACAUUACAUAAGCUACAAAUGGGAAAUCCAAUUAAAAUUAAUGAAUCGUUAGUAAAACGUUUAACCUUUGCUAGUCAAGGACAAUUAGCACCAUUAUGUGCUGUUUUUGGUGGAAUAGCUGCACAAGAAGCUAUAAAAGCGAUUACAUUUACAUUUACACCAAUUAAUCAAUGGCUGUACAUUCAUUGUGCAUCGAUUGUACCACUUGAAGUCAGUACGAAAUCAAAUGAAUUUCAGAAUUAUUUGUCAAGUCGUUAUGCCGCUUUAAUUCAAUGUAUCGGUGUGUCAAAUCUUCAAAAAAUUCAUAAUCUAAGUGUUUUUAUGGUUGGUUGUGGUGCGAUUGGUUGUGAAUUAUUAAAGAAUUUAGCAUUAUUAGGUGUAGCCACUGCUAGAUCUAAUGAUGAUGAUUUACAUUCAGCGAACAACGUGACUGAUUCUAAUCAACAUCAAUAUUGUUAUCGUCGUCAUCAAUUUGAACAACAAGAAAACAACAAUCAGUUUACAUAUACUACAACACUCGAUACUUCAUUGAUUUCUCAUGCGAAUGUUGAUGGUGGGGAUCAUCAUCAAACGUUGUCACAUUCAGAGGUAGACAGUCAACAACAACACGACAAUUCACCUCAUCCUAAUGAUAAACUCACUAAUAAUUCUGAAACAAUUGUCAAUUCAAUUAUAUCACAUCAAGUUUCUACAUCUCAAAGACAAUCACUAAAAUCUGUAUUAAGUGAAUCAAUCAUUAAUAAUAGAUGCCCAAAUAUUAUUGUCACUGAUCCUGAUCAUAUCGAGAAGUCAAAUUUAAAUCGACAAUUUCUUUUUCAAUCAUGUCAUAUUGGUUUGUCAAAAAGUCAAAUUGCAUGUGAUACUGCUAAGAGAAUUAAUCCGAAUAUAUCAGUAAGAGCAAUGUGUGAUAAAUUUUGGCCAAAUACUGAAAAGACUAUUUUCACUGAUGAAUUUUUAUUACAAGCAACAAAGUGCAGUAAUUACAAACAAGAGAUAACAUCUCCUUCAAUAUUGAAUACUUCUUCAUAUAAACAUGGUAUUGUACUAGCUGCUUUAGAUUGUGUACCAACACGUCGUUAUUUAGAUUCACGUUGUGUAACACUACAUUUACCAUUGAUUGAAUCUGGUACUUUAGGCACUAAAGGUCAUGUUCAAGUAAUUUUACCUGAUAUUACUGAAUCAUAUAAUAGUCAAAUGGAUGAUGAUGUUCAUAAUAACAAUGAUAUAGAUGGUAAUGGAAAUAUUGAUAGUCAAGUGAAUACAAUACCAUAUUGUACAUUGAAAUCAUUUCCAACCUUACCAAUUCAUUGUAUUGAAUGGGCACGUGAAAAAUUUGCUAGUCAAUUCACAUUGAAACCCAUGAAAUUACAAACAUUUUUACAAGCUUGGAAUUUAGAACAAUGUGAAUAUGUGGACAGUUACCAUGGUGAACAAACAUCGAAACAACAAACGCAUCAGUUAAUAUCAGAUUUAACAUUUUUAAUGCAUCUAUGCAAUGAUAUUCCUACCAACUGUACUACUACUACUGAUAAUGAUAAUAGUAGUAGUAGUAAUAAUAAUGUAAUUGUUACAUCAAAGAUGUAUUCUAAUGAUAAAAUUUUAAUGAAAAACUGGAUUGAAAGAAUAAAUUUAUUACAAGAUCAAUUAAAUCCCAAUAUUGGACGAUUUUUAUGCUCACGUCCAUCUACAUGGAAUCAAUGUUUAUAUUUAGCCCGUGAUAAAUUUCAACAUUACUUUAAUCAUAAAGCUCGUCAAUUGUUACAUUCUUUCCCCAUCGAUACAAAAUUAUCAAAUGGAGCACCAUUUUGGCAAUUUCCCAAACGUCCACCUAAAUCGAUUGAAUUUUCCAUAACAGAUCCAUUACAUCAAAUAUUCGUCAUCAGUUAUGCACGUCUUUUAGCUGCUCAAUUGUCGAUCCAAGUACCACAAUCCUGUUUCUCCUCUUCAACUUCUUCAUCGAAUUUCUUUACUCACUUAAAUUAUGGAUCGACUGAACUAGUUAAUUAUCUUCAAGAAGUAUUUAUAAACUAUAUUCCACCAAUGUUUACUCCAUCUAAUAAACACAUUGUUAUUGAUGAGAAUGAAAUGAAGCCACAGCAAACGACCACAUCUACUUCGCCAUCAAAAUUGUCAUUACCUAAAGAUAAUGAUCCUACUAUUACAUCAAUGAAAAAAAUUAUUUUCAAUAAUCCUUCUCUCAAUGAUGGAGAUAAUGAUUUGACAAUAAAAGAAAUUUGUCUAAAUGAAUCAUUUUUAAAAAUGUGUACAAAUAUUUUAGAGAGUUUAAGUAAACCAGAGAAAUUUAAAGGUAUGUCCUAAUUUGUUCUUUUAAUUUCUAUCUGUUUUACAACAAUUUCUUUAAAGUCAAUCAGCUACAACGUAGGAUCAAGCACAUAGAUGCAUCGGUCCAAGUUGCCAUACCUCAUUAGCACUGAAUUCAUAGAAGUAGUUAAUUCAAUGGUGGUAAUGUAUAAAAUGUAUUUUCCAUUAUAGACAGCAGUGGGAUCGACAAUGGUGCUUUUCAGCUUAUUUACGACUCUUCAUUUGAGUGUAGUUGUAUAGGAAUUGAAGUAGUUGAGCGUGUCGACCGCUUCACUUAUCUGAGAAGUCUCAUCAGCCCCUGUGGCCUGGUGUGUGACGAAAUCUCAGCACAGAUACAGAAGGCUCGACUAGCUUUUGCCAACUUGCAUCAUUUAUAGUGAACAUGGAGAGUUCACCUAGGGGAGUUGGAAAACCCUCAUUCCAAACCAAUGGUGCACACGAGCCCUAUUAUCCUGCAGGAACAAAUGGCUACCAUGGAAUUGUAUCUCCUGACAUUGCUCCACUGCCUUGUGGAUCAGACCUUUAGGUCAAAGGCUCCAGGUAUGGCCUCCUAAUAAAACUAUCUGUUUCGGUUUGGGCACCCGGGCAGUAUCACACCCCUCACACAUAUCAAAUGAGAUCUGUGUGGUGCAUAUAUAUUCGGUGCCUCGUUGUACCGAUAUCUAUGUGUUAAAAUAAAUAAAUAAAACACCCAGCUGAUGAGUCUCAAAUAGCAUGAAACGCGCGUCCUGGUUUCCACUGCUAGCCACUAUCCAUCUUUUCUCUAAAAACUUGUGACUUAAGGCUAAAUCAAAGAACUCCGCACUGGAUGCACAUAUACCAAUAAGAGACUGAUCGAUUGCAGUCCUUAAUAACAAUGGGAAGAUACAAAUAAAACACCAAUUGAAUUUAAACUUCAUCCCAUUGCACAAGUGGGUGGCUAUCAGGACUCAGUAGCUAAGUGGAUAACUUGAUGGCGUUUAAGACGAACAGUACUGGGUCCUAGUCCCAGAGUGAACAUCAACUCUGGGAUGCAUAUACAUCCAGCUGAUGAGUCCUAAAUACAACAAAACGCGCGUCAAACUGAAUUCCACUACUAGUCACUGUCUAUCUCUAAUCAUUAAGAUGUUACCAUGUAUAUAUUAUGUAUAAAAUUUGGUCAAAAUUCUUCUAAAAUUCAAUAAUUCAUGCUCAUCAAUUAGUAGUAUCUAUGCCGAAUAAUUCCUAUAGAAAACUUAUUUGUUUUUCUUAUUUAUUUUUAUUGUGAUAAACAAAUUGAAAUACAAAUUUCUUUUCAAACAAAUUAUUAUAAACGAGUAGUGUUUGUUAUAUUUUUGUAUGUGUGUGUGCGUGUUUGUGUAUGUAUGUAUGUGUGUGAAUUCUUAGUUAAAACACAAGAGGAUAUUGUAUCAUCAAAAAGGGGGGGUUGUAAAUACAUAUUACACAUAUGUAGUAUAUACAUACACACAUAUAUGGAUAUGGAUAUAUAGAUAUACAGACAAUUGGUAUGUUUAAACCAUUUUUCCAGAUGACCUAAUGAGAG